CACGCAACUCCCUGAUCACUAGACCCAGCUCAUCGGUAAACACGUGUUCACGUACAGAAGAAAUUCCGCGGAACAGAAGAAACCCCGCGGAACGAUACACACGUGGUGUUUUGAACUGGAUCCGAAAUGUUAGGAGAAGAUUUUAAGCUGGGACCAGUGGUAAUUGAAGGCAAGACAAAAGUUGUGUACCAGUUGGCAGGUGAUCCGGAACUGGUGCUGCUGCAGUCCAAAGACCGUAUCACGGCGGGAGAUGGAGAUAGGUCACAUGACAUGAAAGGGAAGGCAGCAAUUUCCACAGACACUACAACCACCAUUUUUGAGUUACUAAAUGCUGCAGGUAUAAAGACCCACUUUGUAAGGCGAAAUGAAGAAACAUCGUUCAUAGCUUACAACUGUGAGAUGAUCCCUAUUGAAUGGGUUACAAGGAGGGUUGCCACUGGGUCAUUUCUUAAGAGGAAUCCAGGUGUGAAAGAAGGAUACAGAUUCUGUCCACCCAAACAAGAGACUUUCUUCAAGGAUGAUGAAAAUCAUGAUCCCCAGUGGUCAUAUGAGGAGUGUAUUGCUGCUCACAUGACUGUGGGAGGAGUUCCAAUUGGUCAAGAUGAGUUGGACAUCAUGAGCAAAACAACGCUGACAGUGUUUGAAAUCCUUGAGAGGAGCUGGGCUUCACUGGACUGUAGCUUGAUUGAUAUGAAGAUAGAAUUUGGAGUCAAACCCAGCACAGGAGAAAUCUUACUAGCUGACGUCAUAGACAGUGAUUCCUGGAGGUUAUGGCCAUUAGGUGACAAACGUUUGAUGAAGGACAAACAAGUCUACAGAGAGCUGAAGGAAGUAACAGCAGACACACUAGACACUGUCAAGAGAAACUUUGAGUGGGUAGCUACUAGAGUAAAGUUGUUGUCCCCCAAACCUCAGUCCAGAGCUGUAGUUCUGAUGGGUUCCUCAUCAGACAUGACCCACAGUGAAAAAAUUCGAAUGAACUGUCAGCAACUGGGUGUACCUUGUGAGUUGAGAGUGUCAUCUGCUCAUAAAGGCACAGAAGAGACUAUGAAAAUCCUCGCUGAGUAUGAAGGUGAAGGAAUACCCACUGUAUUUAUAGCAGUAGCCGGCAGAAGCAAUGGUCUGGGUCCUGUUCUAUCAGGAAAUGCCACUUGGCCAGUCAUCAACUGUCCACCAUUGUCUGGGGACUGGGGAUCACAUGACAUCUGGUCUUCUCUUCGAUUACCCUCAGGAUUGGGAUGCAGUACAGUGAUGUUUCCAGAGGCUGCUGCUUUAUGUGCUGCUCAGAUUCUAUCCCUUGGGGAUCAUGUAAUCUGGAGCAAGAUUCGGGCCAAGCAACUGAACACUUGGAUUGGUCUCAAAGAAGCAGACAAAAAGUCCAGAGAUGAUAAGUGAUUAUCUUUCAGAUAUACAAGAAAGAUUAUAUUAAAUCUCAGUUUCAUUCCCCCAGAUGUAUGAACAUGUAACAGUGACAUUAAUUUGUUUAGUUUUGAAGUAGGUUUUUUUUUUAAAUUAAAAGUUCUGGAUUUUGUAUAGGUCUGAAAUGUUCACCUACUAUAUCUUCAAUAAAUGUUGGAUAUUGAA